AUGCAAGUUAUAACAUAUUUUACGCUGGUUUUCCUAAUAAAAAUCUCUAACGGUCUUGAAUCUGACAGCGCUGAAUUUAAUCGAAUAGAAAUUUCACCCAUUUAUGACACUAUAAUAUUCAGUGAUGUAAUUGACAUCAUAAACGAAUUAAAUCAAAAUCUGAAAAUGCCAAUUGACGACAAUAGUGAGAGUGAAAGUGAUGAUAAUAUAGAAGAUUUAUUAACAGAGUAUCAACAUUACUUAGACAAGGCUCACGACCAAAGGCGAUUAUAUCUAGAGAAAACUAACAAAACCAAAAACAAGGUACCGCUCUAUCGUCACGAGAAUUUCGUUAAAUCUCACGCACCCCCAGAUUUUAGGUACAACAAUUAUUAUGCGCAUAACUAUUACAAUCCAAGCGUCAUGAAAUUCCCUCCUACGUCAUUGAAUCACCCUUUGGAUUUAUUCUUGCCCUUAACACCGUCACUACGUUUUUUCAACAAACCUAAUCAUAUGAACACGUCUCAAAGAAGAGAUAUCGUAAGAGACUCACUCAAAACCAGUCACCAAGACAAAAACUCAUUGUAUUUACCACCCUCUCUUUGGUCAAGUAUGAGUGGGCCAUUAAAAUCUUUAUGUUUUUGCAAGCACAAUGAAGUACCAUGCAAAUGUAAAUGCAAAGAAUGUUUACUAUCUUCGAAUGAAAACGAACCAAAGUUAGUGAAUAAUAAUAAUAAGAACAUGGAGUACAAAUUACAGGAACACUCAUUCAUUGAAGACGUGAUGGCUAAUGCUAAUACACUAAAUGUGAGAAUUAAGGUCGACGUACAACUGCCAAAUAUACCAGAUUCUACAAAUAAAUAUGGUAGGCAAUAUAAUCGCGAAAGCGCUGUCGAAUUUGAGGAUACAUCAAAAGAAUUACCAAACAGUAUACGAUUGCCGUCGACAUACUUCAACGUACCUAUUCCAAUGGAUGUUUUAGGAUUUAAAAGGUUAUCAAAAAUGCACAGAUACGAUUCCCCAUUACAGAAGAUUACUAUCCACAAAAAGAAAAAGUCUAGAUCGGGUAAUAGUAACAAUAAAAAACAUCGUAAAAAACUUAUUACUUUUCAUAAUAUAAAACUAUCGCCAAAUCACUCUUUGAAAUCUAUGUCGUUCGAAAAUCACAAUUCGACUAAUAUGACAGUUAAAAAUUAUUUUAACUAUACAAAUGUUAUUCACCAAGAAAUUACAACCACAAAUAUGCCUACGUUCAAUAAUUUCACUACGACAACAUAUUCCGAGCUAUCCGUGCCGUUAAAUACAACACCGAUAGAGGAGAGUAUUUAUUUAAUGGUAAAUAUAUCUAAUAACAGCGAAAACGAAACAGAUGAAUUGCAAAAAACUGGAAACAGCAUAGAGUUAGAAUAUAAAACGGUUACAAAUAGUUCUACCGAAAUACCAAUAAAUCAACGUGUAAAACGUGAAACAGCAUCACAAAACUCAUCUGAUAUAAUGAAAAAGAUAAAAAGUUCUAAACUACUCAAUGUAAUUGGUAUCAAGAGUAAAAAGAUUCUAUUAAAGAAAUCUAAUAUGAGUGUUUUGUCAGACACAGAAUUAUUGUAUUGGCCAAGCAACGUCCAAAAUAAAUCACAGCUUCAAAUCAACGAUCUCAAUAAUAUAAUUUUAGAACAAGAAAAUAAAAAAGCUAAACUAAAUAUAACUAAAGAAACAAUACGUCACAAUCGUACAAUGGCAUUAGAAAAAGCCAUAUUUGGAAACAUUGACUGGAAUGACAUAGAUACCAUUGCCCCGACAUUCAUUUCUUUCGUGGGUAAAUAUGUACAUGGGAUUCUUACUUUCUGUUCAGAUACAAUUUGUCAUUCUAUGAAAUGUGCCAACGCAACAUGUGUACACAGAACAUGUACUCCUGAACUAAGGUUCAAUCAUAUUGGACAUUGUAGUGGAUGUAAUACAAGUGACAGUGUAGUUUCAAUGGAAUCUAUCAUGGAUCUGCCAUCUAACGUAGUUUUUGAAAUUGUAGACAUAUUGAAAGAAAAAUUGUUAGGGAAACUGUAUGUACAGCUCGCAUUAAGCAAGCCAACUGAGAACAGUGUGACAGAGGGCCGUGGUAUUGGCUCUACAUUGUGGGGAUGGAUCACAUAUCCAUUUUCAUGGUGGAGUUCAAACGACAAUGACCAACCGAUCAACGAACAACUCGUCGCAUCCACUACUUAUGGACCUUAUGACAACAUUGAAGUAGGCAGACACAAUGUGACCGUAUGGUGUAACGAUCAAACUUGUACAACGAUGAAAUGUGAUAAAAUUGGUUGUAGGAAUAACACGUGCAAUAUAUACGAUACAGAUUUGACAGGGGAAUGUCGAGGGUAUCAUACAGAGGUAGAUCCAGAGAAACCGAUAGAUGUAUCGCCCUCAGAGCCUGCAUUAAAGCCAUUAGACGAUAAUGUAAUCACAGAAAAUACAACAAAACGUGACAAUACCCAGCCUCAAUCAACAGAACCUCAAAAAGUAACUGUAAUGACAACUCCAUCAGGAGAGCAAGAUAUUAAAAAGAAUCAAAAUACAGCAGAAACACCAAUAGAGCUCGAAGCUAUGCUAUCCUCGAGCGUAACCGAGAAGGAAACUAGUGCUAUUAAUAAUGACAACGAAGCCUCGAGUCGCAGUCAGUUAGGUGCGACGGCGCAUGGGGGAGAAUCGGGUGCACGUGGCGCGGACGGCGCCAAAGGUAAAGUGCCCGCGCCAGAACUCUCAUCAGUACUUGAUGCGGUGCCGCCUACAGAUAUACCACUCAAAAUAUAG